AUGGAUACCAAGGACUGCUCAACAGCUAUUUCUUCUUCAACACCAUGCCAAGGCUGCUCUAGGAUUACAAAUUCUAGGAUCAUCUCUUCCAACACCAGCUGCCAACCACUUGAAACCAACAAAUGCCAACCAACUGGCCGUGUUCUGAGAACUUGGCAGUCCCAGGGCUGCCAACCCACUCCUUGCUUCUGCCCUAUGCCCAUCUGCUUAGUACACAACAUCGAUUGUGGCUGGUGUGGUGAAGGCAUCAACAGCAAUGAGAAAGAGACCAUGCAAUUCCUGAAUGACCGCCUUGCUAACUACCUGGAAAAGGUGCGGAUGCUGGAACGAGAGAACGCAGAACUGGAGUGUAAAAUCCAGGAAGAGUGUAACAAAGAGCUCCCUGUCAUAUGUCCUGAUUACCUGUCCUACUUUGCUACCAUCAAGGAACUUCAGCAGAAGAUCUUGUGUACCAAGGCUGAGAAUUCCAGGCUGGUCUCACAAAUUGACAACACCAAACUGGCUGCUGAUGACUUGAAAGCCAAGUAUGAAGCUGAGGUGUCCCUGCGCCAGCUAGUGGAGGCAGAUGCCAACAGCCUACGGCGGAUCCUGAAUGCACUGACCCUGGACAAAGCUGACCUGGAGGCACGAGUCCAAUCUCUGAAGGAGGAGCUCCUUUCCCUCAAAAGCAACCAUGAAGAGGAAACCAAUUCCUUACAGAGCCAGCUUGGGGACAGACUCAACAUUGAAGUGACUGCUGCCCCCUCUGUUGACCUGAAUCGGGUUCUACAAGAAAUAAGAUGUCAAUAUGAAUCUAUCAUGGAGACAAACCGCAGAGAUGUGGAACAGUGGUUCAACACACAGAUGGAGGAGCUGAACCAGCAGGUGGGGACAAGCUCUCAACAGCAGCAGUCCUGCCAGAAGGAGAUCACUGAACUGAGACGAACCAUGAAUGCUCUGGAGGUGGAGCGACAGGCCCAGCACCGAAUGAGAGACUCCCAGGAGUGCCUGCUGGCGGAGACGGAGGCCCGCUACACAGCCCUGCUGGCCCAGAUGCAGUGUCUGAUCGAUAACCUCGAGGCUCAGCUGGCGGAGAUCCGAUGUGCCCUGGAAAGGCAGAACCAAGAAUACGAGGUUCUGCUGGACAUCAAGUCCCAGCUGGAGUGUGAGAUCGCCACCUACCGCAGCCUGCUGGAGAGCUCAGACAGCAAGCUUUCCUGCAACCCGUGUGUCACUAAGUGUGAGCCUUCAGUUUGCACAACCAUGGAAUGCACUGUCCCAGUUUACACAUCAUCUUCAGCUCUCCAGGGGAUACCCCAGCCUAGCUGCGCCUACAGAGACCUGCCCCGACUACUCGCUAAAAUCCUGACCAUCACCAAGGAGAUUAAGGAUGGGAAAGUCAUUUCUUCUCAUGAGCAUGUGCAGCCUUGCUUCAUCAUCAGAGCAGCCAAAGUCUAA